AUGUCUGUUGAGGUUGACGGAGACAUCAUACGGCUCGCACACGGGCCAGCGACGGCUGCGGUGAGUAAGCUGGGUGCGACGUUAAUAUCUUUCGCCGUGGACGGGAACGAGCAUCUUUAUGUUUCCGACGCGGCGAAUGUGGCCACGACGAGCGAGCGGCCCGUCAGGGGCGGGAUGCCUGUUGUUUUCCCUGCGUUUGGCAAAUCGUAUCUGGAGAGUUUGAAAGGAGUGCAACAGCACGGGUUUGCCCGAAACGUGGGAUGGGAGUUUGUGAUAGCUGAGGUAUUGGACAACUUCACGGUGGCACGGUUCAAGCUCACGCAUAACACCUGCGGAACCCACAAGGCGUACCGCGAAUGGAGCGCGUUCUACGGCCGGCCAAUUGAGUUUGAGCUGAGCACGGUGUUCGAGCUGCACCCGCAGGCAGUCGUGGUGAAGACAGAGCUGUGCAACCUGAACAUCCCGCAGCUCGAGUUCCAGUUCCUGUAUCACACGUACUUCCGUGUGCCCAGCGUGGACGAUAUGUACAUCACGGGAUUGCAAGGCAACAAGUAUCUGGACCGUUUAGCGGUGAAAUAUCACGUGGACACGGACCCAAUGACCAAAAUCGGGGAACAGACCGACAGGCUGUACCGUCUACAGUCUGCACAGCCUGUGGACAUUCUAUCAGGCAACUACAACGUGCGGUUGACGGCCUCGCCAAACCUACAGGACCUGGUUGUCUGGAACCCGUGGCAGCAGGGAGCUGCGGCAAUUGGCGACAUGGAGCCGAAAACAAGCUACCGACACUUCUGCUGCGUUGAGUUCGGCGCUGUGGACGGUGUUCGGCUGCCGUUGGGCCAAAAAUGGUUCGUCCUGCUCGUCCUCAUCCGCCCACUUGUCAAAGUCGGUCUUGAUGAAAUGGUACUUGAGCUUAAGUUUGGUGAGUCUUGGCCAGUACUCCUGGCCGAGCGUCUUUUUGUACAGCACGAAAAACACGUGAGACCCGGUGAUCUCGUACUUGGACCGCUUGUCGUCGACCUCUUCGUAGAACUCAAGAUCCAGCUUGUACUUCUGGCCGCCGGAGACGGCCUCAAACUUCAGGCUGGUGGGGGUGAGCUCGAUCUGAGGCUUUUCGGGAUCCGUGAUGUUGAUGGUGAGGUACAAGAGGUUCUUGUCUGCAUCGGUGGAGCUGGAGCGUUGCGCCCAAAGAACUGGCGGUUAGUGGGGGGAAUUAGGGAAAGAACAUACCUUCUGGAGGAAUUGCUGUCAUGGAAGGUGGAAAAAGUGGCGGGGGAACUACCGAAUUCCGACCGCGACGGGUUGAACCCGCUGAACCCAGUGGGGGUUUGGGCUGCCGGCUGGCCCUGGAAGUUGAAGAUCUUGUUGCCCUGCUGCGGUGUGUUGUUGCCGAACACAGACUGUCCCGCCGCAGGGUUGGUCAGCGAGCCACCAGAGAAACCAAACCCUCCAGACCCAGACGAGCCAGAGGUGGGGGCCCCACCCUGCGGUUUACCAAACGCAAACCCGUUGUUCGAGCCAAACGAGAACGCCGGAGCAGGCGCAGCAGCCGCGGCUGUGUCUUUGCCCGCAGUGCUACCCCCAAAGGUGAACUGGUUGGCCGGCUUUGAGGCCUCUCCAAACGAGAAUCCAGACGCAGACGAGGAUGGAGUUGAGGCGGGUGCGCCAAACGCAGAGUUCGUCGAGGCCCCAAACGCUGGUGCCGCUGCAGGCUCUGCAGGCUUGGAGCCAAACGAAAACUCGGGCUUGGCCGCGCCAAAACUGAACGGUUUGGUCUCUGCGGGUUUCUGGUCCUGUUUGGGAGCUGAGCCAAAACUAAACGGUUUUGUUUCUGCCGGUUUGGCGUCGUUUCCGGCCGCUCCAAAACUAAACGGCUUGGCCUCUGGCUCUUUGGCAGGAGCAGAAGACCCAGAUGCAAAUGGUGCUGAUUUGGCCGAGUCGUUGGACUUUGGAGGCUCCACCGUGGUGGACGGCUCGGACGAGGUUGGCGGCGUCUCGGAUUUGGUUGACUGGCCAAAAGAAAAGGCAGCAGCAGGCUCUGCCUUCUCCUCUGGCUUGGCCCCGAACGUGAACGAGCUCGACCCGAACCCGUUUGCAGGCUUCGCAGCCUCGGCCGGUCUGCCCAGAGAGCUGGAGAAAGUGAACUUUGGGGUCUCUGUUUUCGGUUCCUCUGCUGGUUUGGCUCCGAACGAAAACAUGGACUCUUGCGGCUUGGAUGGCUCUGCUGGUUCAGCCGGUUCAGCCGGCUUGUUUCCAAAGGAAAACGAAGGAGCAGGUGCUGCAACAGAAGCCGCGGCCGGCUCUUUCUUUGGCUCUUCAGGCUUGGCCCCAAACGAGAAGCUCGACUUAGGCUGUGCAGGAGCAGACGAAAACGAAAACGAAGGUUUUGGGGUCUCUUCAGACUUGUCGCCAAACAACUUUGGUGGCUCGGCGGUGCUACCAAACGAGAAUUUUGGAGCCUCGGUGGUGCUGCCAAACGCAAACUUUGGAGCCUCUUUCUUUUCCUCUGUCGGCUUGUCCACUGGCUUGGUUUCUGUGUCCUUCUUGUCUGUGAAUGUAAAUGCUGGUGUAGGUUUAACUGGAGCAGACUCCAGCGGCUUUUCGACCUUUUUCUCGGCCACAAACUUUGGUUUAGCUGCCGUGUCGAAAGAAGAACCCAGUCCCGAAGAUGCAAACGGCUGGCUGUCUGUUUUGGAGCUAAACUUGAUUUUUUCCGUCAAUGGCUUGGUAUCUAUCUUUUUUUCCGGUUGA